GCGGCGGACCAGGAUGGAUUUCCAGCAGCUGGCUGACGUUGCGGAGAAAUGGUGCUCCAACACGCCCUUCGAGCUCAUCGCCACCGAGGAGACAGAGCGCAGGAUGGAUUUCUACGCCGACCCCGGCGUUUCCUUCUACGUGCUGUGUCCGGACAACGGCUGCGGGGACAAUUUUCACGUGUGGAGUGAGAGCGAGGACUGCCUGCCUUUCUUGCAGCUAGCACAGGAUUACAUCUCCUCCUGCGGCAAGAAGACGCUCCAUGAAGUCUUGGAAAAAGUCUUCAAGUCUUUCCGACCUCUACUGGGACUUCCUGAUGCAGAUGAUGACGCCUUUGAAGAAUACAGUGCAGAUGUGGAGGAAGAGGAGCCAGAGGCAGACCACCCCCAAAUGGGUGUCAGUCAGCAGUAAACGUCUCAAGGCUCCCACCUACGCAGCAAGGGGAGCCCCUGGGUUAGCAAGGUGGGGUCGGUGCUCCUGGGUUAGCAUUUUGCAUUAGCACUUCAGAGAAACAGGACGCCUAACUCCCAGCAUCCAAAUUAAAAUGACAUACCUUUUAACAGCUGCAAAAUAUCUGGGAUGAGCUUUGCUCAGAAAUAACUGAAUUUUACUCCCGUUUCAGUGGAUUUCUAUGGAGUUGUGUUGGUAGCCUGUACCAUUUUGAAUUUAGAGUCCAUUUUGUGGCUGACUGUUCUCUCGAGUUUAUGUUGGGGAAUGAGCAUUCGCUUAUGUGAAUGUAGAGAACUCUGAAUGUAUUAAGGGUAUGUUUUGAGGGAAAGCAUGGCAGAGAAGAAAUGCAGUCUGCACUUUUUAUGUACCUUUAAGUGUCCGUAAGUGGAAGGUUUUGCUUAUAAAGCAUGAGUUUUAAUAUCUCGUCAUUAAACUGCACAAGUGCAAAUCCAAGGGCCGGAGAGGAUACUAAAUCACUUUAGUUUUAGAUGGGGAGAGCAAGAGGCCUUUAAGUGUUCUGCUAUUUACCAGGUUACCUGGACGUGUAGCAACUGGUUCAUCUUUAGGUAUAAAUAUUUGCAUGUUCAAUUGUUUGAAAACAUGCUAAUUCCAAAGCCACUUUUAAAGUCUAGAAAAUAUAAAUGGGGUGAAAGACAUAAAUUAUUGAUUUCUUUAAAGUAUUUAUGAACGGUCCCACAUGAAAUGAGAAGCAUUUACCUUCUCUCUUUGUAAUCAUAUGGCAACUUGUUAAAUCAUGAAAACAUCCAAAAUCCAAGUGCCACUUAAACUUUGAAGCCAUAGAUAAAUUUAAUAGAAAAAUAAACCAGUAUGAAAUUUUUUAAUGUUAAAUACUUCUUUCUUAAUCUUUUUAUUAAAAAAAAGGAUCCCACUGUAUAAUUUACUUAAAAAUUUUAAUCAAACACUUUGAGGAACCUAAUGGCAGUGAAUUUUUGAAGUGAUAUAAAAGUGGGAAUCUUUUAUGGGUUAGUUUGUUUCAACGAGGAAGUUUUAGUGAUUGUAAUACUCAAGACAGCUCACAGAAACAACGGCUAUAAUAACUGGAAAUCUUGCUGUCACGAUUUAGCCAACAAACACUAAUGGAGGAAAUCCUUUGCGAUGCUAACAUGGAAUUAUUUGAAACAUUCAUUUUCUUGGACCUGUCCGCCUCUGGUUCUAAUUGUUUAGGGUGCGGAAUACCUCUUUUACAACACUUGACUAAACAUAGCAUCUGGAGGAGGCUGUUUGUAACAUGCACACACAUGCCUGAUUAAAAGUCAUCCCAGUUUUGAGUUUAAAAAACAAGAGCAGAAGCAGAGGCCAUAGAGUUUGUGGGAGUCUUGUAUAUCUUCCAGGCAUGUCGGUGUAAAACUGAUUCUCUUAACCUUUUCUGUUUAAUCGAUUGGUGCUGUGACAGUGGCAGCUGCUCAUGGUAAAACAGCGUACUAUAGUCUGAAGUCUUGGGGUAAAAUAGUAUAGUGGUUUCCAUCUGUGUUUAAGUACCCACACUUUUUCUUUUUUGAAAAAGACAUUAAAGGUUACUUUCAAGUAAAAUGAAUUUCCUUCUACGUAGCUUGUUAACAAAGCAAAACCUUGGUGUUUCAUCCAAGUGGGGUGAGUGAGUUCAGCGCUUUGCUGCCUCGCCUGUGUUGUGAUUGGCUGCAUACCUGAGUGCAGGUGACCGAGCUGUACUUUCUGUAGAAGUCACCCAGGCUGGGUCACAUCUGUUUUCACUCAAUAGACAAGAAUGACUCCUGCAACUGAAAUAAAGAAGCUUGACUAGCUUGUUCCAUUCAAAGGUAAACUGGAGCUUUAUAUGUGGAGGCUUAAAACUGAAAUUUACAUACAUUUGAAAAAUAGAAUGAACAUUAAUAUAUAAUACAUCUUAUCAAAAAAGAGUUCAGAUUUUGACCAAAUGCAUAUUGGUGUUACGAUGUUAAUGUUCUCUCUUUUGAAAAUUGAGCUGAGAGAGCCCUUCAGAGGGCUGAAGAGCAACUGGUCUUUGUUCUGCUCAAAUAAGUAGGGUGUCACCUAGCUGUGUGUUACUGAUUUUCAUAGCAGCACCCCAGAAACUUUAGCAAAUUGGGUUGUUUUCUCUAAAACUCCCUUUUGUCUCACAUCCCCCCAAUGCUCAUUUACAUAGUGCACAUGUGUGAACACUCACCCAACCCGCUCUGGGGAUUGUUAGAGUCGUGUGUGUGCAGAGCAUCUCCUGGUCGGCCAGUGAGACCGCAGCUGUGGUCUUUGUUAUGGAAAUGGAUCCAUGACUAGACAAUUCCUGACUUUCAUAAGCGGAGAGACACACUAACCAGGAGGCAGUGUGGCCCAAUGGGAGAAGCACUGAGCCAAGACUUAAGAGAGGGACCUGGCUUCCAGUCUGAUUCAGCCAGUGACCGCAUGACCAUGGACAAACCACUUCACUCGCCACAAACAGGGCGCCUGGUCUUCCAGCUUUAACCACUAUCCUUCCAUAACUGCCUUAUGAUAUAUUGUGUAUGAAGAGCAACAAUCGAGGAAACUUGCAGGAAAAUGGCAAGGAGGUAUGUUUGGAAUUUUGCCAAGGUGCUAUCCUGAAGCUCUUGGCCACAGCAGCACACAAACAUGUUUCUGGUGGCCCACGUGUCAGGUCCGCUGGGCCAACACCCAGGGGGCGGCUGACAUGCAGGCCUUUAGGAAAAAGGGUAAAAUGAAGCCCUAGAAGAGGAGAACAUUCUUGUCCCAGGCCCAUGCUGUACCUGGGCAUAGCUUUUUUGUGUGUGAUAGUGAACUGGGGCUUUAGAAACAGAUGUUUAAUUUAACUGAAAGGGAGUACAUUUUGAAGAAUAAUUGGAAGAGAGUGAAAGACGAGCAAGAGAGUGAAAGACAAGCACUUUUACUCUUUGACCAUGUCAUCCAGUAGAGAAUAAGAGUGAGUGAGAGUGUAUGAGUGUGAGUGUGUGUGAACACAUGCACGUGCUUAAUGACUGCUUAAUGUUGGUCACCGUGGGCCAGCUGUGACUUCCCACCUCAACAAGGCAAAACCUUGAUCCUGGGUUGAGUGAACUGCAGAGAUUUUCUUUUUUAUGGCCACCUGGUUACUUUUCUCUGCCUGAUCACACGCAGCAGGCUUCAGCACCUUGAAAGUGAAUCACAGAGUUAGAGAGGGCAGGAGACCCACACAGUGCCUGCCACCAGCUGAUUCAGCUACAUUGAGGUGUCCACUCCUGUCCCCAAGCUCAUAGUAGCACAUAGUUAGUGCUUUCUACCCAGGACUGAAACAUAAACAGUCUCUUAUUUAGGAAUUCUCCUUGUGUUCUGGUGCCAGAAUUAGGUUUCCAGUGUACUUAAGUGAACAUCUCCUCAUCUCAGAGUUACUAUUAUAUUUCACAUCUAAGCAGAAGCCAUUUUCCUGCACAAUUAUGUCUCUGAAUAUCUUUUCUGUUUCUUAAGAGCACAAAGUGUAUGGACCUCGGGGAGCUGUGAUACUGGAACUCCAUCGGAUUUAUAUUUCAGGACUCUGCUAUGCAUAUUCAGAUUUACAAAAUGGGGAAACUGGAAUGAACAGCUUUGACCUCCUGUGAUUUGAGAGGCUCAUAGGGACAGGCAGGACUUAACCUGGGCUGGGAGGAGAGGAGUGUGGGAGCCCGAGAGGCAGGCCAGGCUCCAGCAGGCGGCAGUCGCUCAGAUACAGGGAGACGUCAGGGGCCUGCUUUCCUUAAGGUACUGCAUGUGCAUUGUGAGGCAAGGCUGGUGUUGGAAAUGACUUUGUGGUAUUAAAAGAACCCCAGCCAUGGAGACAAUGGGUGUCUUGCAAGCAAGUCUAGUGGCGGUUUUUUCUUUUCCUGGAUGAACCACUCUGAGCCAGAGAAGCCUCUUUCCCAAGUGCCGACAGAUCCUGAGGGGCUCCAGUCCCCUGGCAGGCAGAAGGGGACCCAAACUUGAUCUGGCCUUUGGCUGCAGAAGAAACCGCAGGUCACAGGUGAGCUGAGGGGCAGAGGGCAGAGCCUCCUUACUCCACCUGGCUCAGGGUUGUAGAAAGAGCACAAUUAAAACUCAAGUGGGCCAUGGGUUUGUCUCUCUUCCCUUAAUUGAGUAUUAACUCCAAAGAGAUGCCAUUGCCAACUGCUUCAUCUUUAGAUUACCAGUGAAGCCAAAAUAUUUUAGAAUUAAAAAGUAAAUUCUUUUCUGUAAAGAUCCAAUCAGUUACCUUGGUUUUGUUACACCAAGGAUGACAUGAACGGCUGAAGUCAUUUAGAUUUUAUACAAAAUAAGUCUAAAGCUUGCCGGAAAGCCAGUAGCCUCUGGUGUCCAUGGCAACGCAGUGUCCAUGGUAAGAUAUCUAUAGCUCGUGCCCAUUGGGCAAAUUGCUCAAUAGUAUGUGGUCGUUGGUUAUUUUUUCAACUUCGGGUUACAUAAAUAGAGGACCUAUGAUCAUUUUUUUGUUGUUGUUAGAAACCCCAAUUAAAGCACUGUAAGGCUGAUGGGCACUAGCAGUUAAAAGUGUGUGCCAGGCCACAUAAAAACAAACAUUUAAUUUGCUGAGCAAUGUUUUUAGGUUAUUCGAUUCUGCAGAGAAAGCUGGCAGUCUGUUCUUUGUAAAACUGCCUUUUCCUGUUUUUUUUUCUCUUGUUUUUGUUAAGGUUCCUUUUUUACUAAGUACCUUCUAAUAUUUAGGCAGAUAAAGACAGAUACAAAUACUCUGUACAGAUGUUAGCUCUUUAGAGGGGAAAGUAAAUUGUCUAUUGUAGGAAAAAUCUGAAACUAUCUGUGAACCAGUCUUAAUUUGUGUACUAGCCAUCAAAAAAGCAAGGACCGGGUUUUGUUUUGCUUUUAGGCAAGGAAUGUUUCAUGCAGGGUGUGGAUGCUUUCUUCGCCUUUAUAUUUCCUUUCAGAGAAAUCUCUUGUAAAUUACAAAACUGUGAAAUGGGUUGCCAAAACUUGUUGCCCUUCCUUAGAAGAGUCCAGCCGUGUAAAACCCUUUUCUCAAACCCUGUCCAUAUCUGCUCCUUCCUCCCUCCCCUGAGUGAGGAUCUCAUCCAACAAUGUAAUUACCAUACGCUUGCUAUUAAAGAGCCUUCCAAACUUGUU